AGACUGUGAUCGAUGGGCGUCAAUGGCACCAGUACAAUACAACUGCUGAAGAUAUUUUUUUGGCAGUACAAUAAUGCAAAAAAGCAUUCUCAAUCCAGUCUAUAUAAAUGCCACUCACUUCAGCAGCUCAAAACCCAUCAUCCCAAGUUAGAAGGACAGAAGAGAGAAACAGAGAGAUUGGUCUUGGUUUCAGUCUUUCAGGGCAGAGAGCCAUGUCGUCGUCGAUGAUUUGGAGAAGAGGGAUGCACACAUUGGAGCGACUGAAAUCCGCCAGAAUCCCAGAAGACGUGAUCACACAGGGUCAGGAGCGAGUUAUCGACGCUUCCCUCACUCUCAUUCGCGAGAAAGCAAAGCUCAAGGGAGCGGUGGUUCGGGCGCUGGGAGGCGCGGUGGCGACUAGCUCGUUGCUUGGAAUCCCGUUGGGACAUAACUCCUCGUUCCUGCAAGGUCCAGCUUUCGCUCCUCCUCUCAUUCGGGAGGCAAUGUGGUGUGGCAGCACCAACUCGACCACUGAAGAAGGUAAAAUGAUCGAUGAUCCACUGGUUAUGGCUGAUGUUGGGGAUCUUCCUGUGCAAGAAAUGAGAGACACUGGCGUGAGUGAUGAUAGAUUGAUGGAGGUCGUCAGUGAAUCUGUCAAAAUCGUGAUGGAAGAGGCUCCAUUAAGGCCACUGAUUCUAGGUGGGGAUCAUUCGAUCUCUUACCCGGUAGUGAGAGCUGUGUCUGAGAAGCUUGGAGGGCAGGUGGAUGUUCUUCACCUCGAUGCUCAUCCGGAUAUCUACGACGCAUUUGAGGGAAACAAGUACUCUCAUGCUUCUUCGUUUGCUCGGAUCAUGGAAGGUGGUUACGCUCGCAGGCUUCUGCAGGUGGGCAUCAGGUCGAUCAACAAAGAAGGUCGUGAACAAGGGAAGAGGUUUGGAGUGGAACAGUACGAGAUGCGGACCUUCUCCAAAGACCGGCAUUUCCUCGAGAAUCUGAAACUAGGGGAAGGGGUGAAAGGUGUGUACAUCUCCAUCGAUGUGGACUGUCUCGACCCAGCGUUUGCUCAUGGAGUGUCUCACUUCGAGCCUGGCGGGCUGUCCUUCAGGGAUGUUCUGAACAUCCUCCACAACCUGCAAGGCGAUAUCGUGGCUGCAGAUGUGGUGGAGUACAACCCCCAGAGGGACACUGCUGAUGGGAUGACUGCCAUGGUUGCUGCUAAGUUUGCCAGAGAGCUCACAGCCAAAAUGUCCAAGUGAUCAUAUAUCCAUCAUCAAUAUUCAAAAUCAUGUUGUUUCAAGUGAUCAUUAUAAAUCUGUAAUUAAUGAUGCUUAUUACCCUAAUAGUUGCUCAUUGGCAGUCAUCUUUACACCUGCCAGGGCAUCAUAUAUGUCAUGAAUAAAUAAAAGAUGGAAGGUCUUUCCUGAGCUAUACCUCUUUCAUUUGCUACUUGACAAACAGAGAGCAAGCAAUAUUAUCAAAGUUCAGAAUCAACGUAAGAAUACAAUCCAGACACCAGAACUGAACCCUGACAGAGCUCUCUAUAUCAACUUUGAAACUUCAUACAUUUUCUUCUUCUAUUAACUCACUAUUUUCACCAGUUGUGGUGAGAAAACAUCGAGCAUAUUAUUAAUAUGUACCCUAACUGCUCAAAGAUCUAUCUUUAUCUCUACAAUGAUGGCUCCACCUUUCAUCUUCCUCCAAUCCUUACUCUAUCUCGAAGACCCUAUUUGCUAGACAUGAAACCCAUACAAAUAGGAGGAGUCACCUUAGCCAAAGCAAGAAUUGAAGCAGGCAGAAUCCACAACCCAUCUCCACAUAUCAAUCCAGAAGCGACUGCUGGAACCAUCAACCUAGCCUUUCUGCUACUCAACUUGUGCCACAUGAAAACAACCAAGCUCCCCACGCACAUAUCAAUCGCAAAGUACGCCCCCACAAGGAAAGGAACAGCCAUUGCCAUGGGCAAUGGAACCCACUUCCCUACUUUCUUCGGCAACAAGUCUCUUGAUAAGUUGGCUGCAAUGGCAAACGCGAAGAACCCAUAACAUAACUGCAGGCAGUGCUGGGGAAGGGCAGAGAAGCCUUCCACUCCAAGAAUCGCCAUGUUUCUGUAGAUGAGAGCAUAGGGAGCCUUGUACUCGCCUUCAGGGUUUCCAACAUCGAAUGCCUUGUAGAAUAGAAAGAAUGUGAGUGGAGCUACGACGCAGCCAAUGGCUGUGCCAAUUGCUUGGCUAAGAAGCAUGGAGCGAGGGGAAGUUAGAGUGAGAUGCCCCGUCUUGAAAUCAUGCAUUAAAUCGGAAGAGAUGGAGACAAUUGACUUGAUUAGCCCACACCCUACGAGCCCUGCAACAACGCCAUUAUCUUUCCCUGAUAGUGCUGCUAGGAUGAAGAGGGCUACUUUGCCGUAGUUGU